AGAGAUUUGUCAAAAUAUGUCAAUAUUUGAGAAAUUUUAGUGCAGCAAGAGGAACAAAUUUCAAAUAAUUUGGUUAAAUAUGGAUAAAAGAAUUAAAGAGGUGGCUUCCCACACCAACCUGAAAUCUGUGUACAGUAAAGCGGAGGCAGAACGCAGGGACGACGAUGCCAGAUUGAUUAACGAAAUUUUGACAUUGGGAUCGUUGAAGAGAGUACAGACCUUAUCGUCGGCAUCUACCAACACAUUGCUUAAUUUGGACAUGAGCUAUCCGGAAAUAGUUAACAUAUCUCAUUGUCAAAGCGAUACUUUAAUGAAACUGGAGGAAAAUAAGGAGAAGUCUGGUAAGGUCGUCGCUAGAACCAUCAAUGAAGUUAUUGCUCUUAUGAACAACGAUCCUGAGAUAAUCGACAGAGGAAGAAAGUAUGCGUUUAAGAUUUUCGAAAGCUGUCGAAUUAAAGAGAUUUCCCGCAAGAAUCCCCGAAUGAAGUUGGCACAAAUAAAGGAUAUGGUGGCCAGUGAUUGGAAGAGAGCCCCUGAAAAUCCUGAUAAUCAACGAAAAUAUUAUUAACGUUGUAAUUUUUUACAUCAGCGUCUCGAAGAAGUCACAUUUUUAAGGAACCUGAUAAAUUUUACAGUAAUUUUUAAUUAUCCAAAGCAGCACUUUUUUUUGCAUAAAACCAAUUUUAGUAGUAAAUAUGUUUUAUAUAAUUUUUUCACUUGUCAUUAUUACGUACAAGAGAGUUUAUGUUUUCGAAUAUUUAUCCUGUUUAAUAAAAUAUACUCUUGAAGCUACUUAAACAACAUCUGUAUAUCCUAAUAUAAUGUAUCCAAAUAUCUAACAAUGUAGGAUGUACUUUUCUUAAUAAAAUAUAUAAUAAUAA